UUCACAUCGGGCUCAGUUACUACCUAUAAACUCACCACGAUGCUGGAACGAGUCGUUUCCAAACAGACACGCUCGUUGGUGUUGGUCGACGAGAGAACGCCGGUCGAGAGCAGGUCUGACACAUGCGCGAUGGAUUUCAGGAGGAAAAUGGGGACGAUCCGCGGUGUCUUGGAGAGCAAGGGUAUUCGCCUGCCGCUGUUGAUUGUCAAGAAUGGUUACGAAAGCCCGAGGCCGUGGUACAGCUCAUUCUUCUGGCUGAGAUUAAACGAGGAUAGUGAGCAGUUUGAAUGCAGUUAUUUGCCACGCUGGAUGUCCGUGUGUGAGAAGCUCGUACUGCUCAACUAUACCACCUGCGAUGACACUGGCACCAAUUCAAAACUGCUGGUGCUAUUCUACGAAUGCGGUCUGACUUGGCCGGACGGUGAGAAUGCGUUUAUGAGGGAUGACGACGAAGGACAGCUGGAUAUAGUAAUUCCGUUCGUGCGCUUCCGCGGAACCGAGACGGCCGCUGAACAUUGCCGACGUUUUAUUGCCGCGGUCAGCAGCAGUUGUCCGGCCGUUACGGAGGAGAUAAAGGAAAAGAUCACAGCGGUGCAUGCGCGCUGGUUGCAGACGUUGGCUUAUCCUGAGCAGUGGGCGGGGAUCCGCGGCUUCUUCCAGAUGUACAACGGCUUUCGUCACGACGGCAGUCGGCAGCGCUGGGAUCAAGUCGACUUGCGACAGCUGGAUAUGUCACUGCUGAACCACUUAACCUUUGCUGCGCUCGAUUUUUAUUACAAAGACUAAAGCAUACAUACCUGCUGCGCAAUAUAUGUUAAUAAUUGUUGUGAAAAUAAUGCAGGUGGGCUUGACAGCGUUACUAAACGAGAAAUACGUACUGGCUGUUGCCAUCUGUGGAUGUGCAUAUGUAAACCGCCAAAUUUUAUUCCAAAACUUUUGAAGUUUUUUGUCGAAAAAUCUGUCCUUGCUUUCG